AAGUACCCAAAACAGAACAAGCUGCAGGCCUAAAUUAAAGAAGGGGGAACUUCUUGGACUGACCUUGUCCAAAUUCUUUAUCGAUAUAGUUCUUUUUCCCUCUCUUGAAGAUGUCCCCAAAACUUGGUCCUGGGACAGCACCUCCUCUGGGUCCCCUUUGAUCUGUUCUCUGGAGGGUUGAAUUUUCCGGCUUGAAUUGAUUCGUUCAAUGGGUGGUCAGGUAGGAGAGUGCUUUAGAGGGUUUUCUUGAUCUGGGUUCUUGUGAUUUUAUCAAGAAAGAUAGAGAGAGCCCAAAUUUGGCGUUUCAAGAAUGUGGAGAGAUCCUGGAGCUCCGGCUGAUUCGUUCUACGAGGUUCGCCCCGAGUGCACGGAUGUUCCCAAGUCCCGUUUCAGGAUCAAGGCUGGGAAAACUUUAAGUGCUAGGAAAUGGCAUGCUGCGUUUACCCCAGACGGUUACCUGGAUAUAAGCAAAGUUCUAAGGCGAAUACAACAUGGGGGUGUUCAUCCAUCCAUUAGAGGAGAAGUCUGGGAAUUUUUACUUGGCUGUUAUGAUCCCAAGAGCACAUUUGAUGAAAGAGAGCAGAUAAAGCAACGUCGCAGGUAUCAAUAUGCUCAGUGGAAGGAAGAAUGUAGGCAAAUGUUCCCUAUUGUUGGGAGUGGUAGGUUUGUCACUGCACCUAUAAUAACUGAAGAUGGUCAGCCAGUUCAAGAUCCUAUCGUGCUUUCACAGAUAAAUCCAGAAAAGGAAUCUGGAUUACCUCCUAAAAGUGAGGUUGAUGCUGUAAAUAGCGAACAAACCAAUGGCAACACUGUGGCUUGUUCCACUUCAAGCUCUUGUGAGGUUUUGGAAAGAGUAAAAGAACCAACAAAUCGUGCUUCUGUGGACAAAAAAGAGAUCCAAUGGAAGCUCACUCUACAUCAAAUAGGUCUCGAUGUUGUUCGCACGGACAGGACAUUGGUGUUUUAUGAAAAGCAAGAGAACUUGUCAAAACUCUGGGAUAUUUUAGCUGUUUAUGCAUGGAUAGAUAAAGAUGUUGGCUACUGUCAAGGAAUGAGCGAUCUCUGCUCCCCUAUGAUAAUUCUCCUUCAUGAUGAGGCCGAUGCAUUUUGGUGCUUUGAACGCUUAAUGCGCAGACUGCGAGGAAAUUUCAGAUGCACUGAAAGAUCUGUUGGGGUGGAAGCACAGCUGCAUAAUUUAGCUUCAAUAACCCAAAUUAUUGAUCCGAAACUCCAUCAACAUUUAGAAACACUUGGUGGAGGUGACUAUCUUUUUGCAUUCCGCAUGCUUAUGGUUUUGUUCCGUCGGGAGUUCUCAUUUUGCGACUCUCUAUAUCUUUGGGAGAUGAUGUGGGCCCUGGAAUAUGACCCAGACUUGUUCUCUCUGUAUGAAGAUCCUGAAGCAGCUAAUGAAAAGGUUGAAGGAUCUAAAGGAAAGGUCAAGUCGAUACGACAGUGUGGGAAGUUUGAGAGGGAAAACAUUAGAAAUGGAGCGAAGAGUUCCGAAGCGUCUCUGCCUAUAUCUUUGUUCUUGGUUGCCAGUGUCUUAAAAGAUAAGAGCUCAAAGCUAUUGCAAGAAGCUCGGGGCCUAGAUGAUGUCGUUAAGAUACUAAAUGAUGUCACCGGUAACCUAGAUGCCAAGAAAGCAUGCAGCGGAGCUAUGAAAAUACACAAGAAGUAUUUAAGAAAGGCUAAGAAGCCGUAGUGACUCAUAUACAAUUUUCCUGGCCUUUGUCGGCAAAUAGCGUAAAUCUGUACAAGCUGUACAUUGAUUCGACCAAGAGAACAUGAGGUUGUUCAUGUAAAGUGCAGACUUCUGCAGAUGUUUUCAGUGGAGAGAGAAUGGCCGCAGAAGAAGCUACGAUCAAGAUAAAAUUUUAUUCAAAGAAAAUUUUUUCAUGAGGCCACCAAGGUGGUCAUUUACACAAUUCGUUUGUAAUUGGAAUCGCAUUGUGAAAAUACAAAAUCAGAGGUUUGGUUAUACGAGAAUCGCAUUAAUGAAAAAUCGUUUUCGUGUA